CUCUUCCUGGCCGGGCGGGCCCCUCAGUGAAACAGGAAUUGAAUAUAGCUUGCGGGUGCCGCGUCUCCGCGCCAGAGAGCGCGGUACAGCCAGCAGGAGUCUGCGCGGUGGAAGUACGAACUGGGCCCAGUUUUCGAACUAAUGCAAAACCAGUAACUUCCCAACUAGAGUCCGGAAAGAUCGUAAGAUUUUUUUUUUCUCCUCUUUGUCUCUGCAAAGUUGCCCUUCGCUCCGCUGAUUUUCUUUAGUCUGAUCUCCUGGGUUUUCAAACACAAGAGCUGCGCAAAGAGUGCUCCGUGAGAGGAGGAGCCAGCUGUAAAAGACGGCAUUGCUGACUUUGCUGCUUACCAAGAUUGUUAGGAGGAGAGGGGGAAGGACAGACAGACAUGUCUUCAGAAACAGCCCAAAGUAAAGUUCAGGCAUCUUCACAGCAACAAAACAAACAGUCUGGUUUCUACUGUCCUAUCUCAGAUGCUCACAUCAAUAGAAAAGAAGUAGAAAGGAUCAGUCGAGAAUGUAGAAAUGAAAGUUUCUGGUACAGAGGUCUUCCAUUGUCUCUAGGAAGCAUGCUCAUCACUCAGGGACUAAUUUACAAUGGCUUUCUCUCAUCAAACCCAAGAUUUGGAUCAUUACCUAAAAUUGCAUGCACUGUCAUCAUACCUGCAAGGAAUGCGAAGCAAAUUUUGGAUCUAAUGGAAAGGAAAACUCAAAGCCUUCAGCUUCAUAAUCCCAGAUCAUGCCUCUUCUUUUUAAGAAGUUACUUCAUAUCUUGGUAUCUGAAUUGUAGAACUGACAAAAUCCUGCAGAAAAAGUCUCUUCCUUCAAUAGCUUAUUCUGGACAGAAGAAAUUGAGCCUACAGUCCCGUGUAAAUCAGUACACUGUGAGGAUUGGGUUGAUUUUUAAAAAGUUUGCCUAUAUAAUAAAUGCUAAUUCCUAGAACUGCAGUUUUUUUUUCUGUUGAUAUCACACCCCAGUAUGUUUCUUUUUCCUUAGAUGCAUUUUAGCUCUUGGCACUGAAAACUUAGAUAUUGCAACUCUUGUAAGUGGCAAUGACCUGAUCUCAGUGCAACCUGCAAAAGGCCAUAAUUGGAAGCAUUUGUCUCCUGCAUGAAAGAAAAAGAAUUCAAGAGUAUUUAAACGAUGUUGCACUGCUAAGCAACCCACCAAGCCCCCAAUACUGUGAUCAGUUUUGCAUAACUCCUUGUACUGGGCAAGGACUCCAUGUAUCACUGUUCUUGACAAUAGGUAUCCUCUGGGUACUAUUAGAAAGAAUCCCAUUGACUUCAGUGGGCUUUGAAUCUGGACUUAAGAGAGGAGAGUGACAUUUUAUUUAUGCCCAUCUAUUCAAAUCUCUUUGGAAGGAGUUCUGAACAUUAUUCCUAAAUAGACAACUUAAUAAAAAGAAGUUUUUUUCUCAAAACAUGAACACUGGGGAAAGAACUGACAGUGAGCUCAGAAACCUAUGUUUUUUAGGUUUGCUCUAAUCUGACCGUGACAUUAGAAAAGAUAAAAAAUAAUGAAUUACAGAAAAGCCAAGUUAAUUACUGUUUGCAUAUUAAUAAAAAUGCUUUAAUACUUUGUUCUUUUAGAAUUUAAGUUCAAAAGUGUUGUGCUUCUGCCUGAUACCCCCUCCUCCAUGAUCACUCUCACUCAGAGGACCCUCUCUGUGUACAGAUCCCACAGGACAAUCCAGGCCUGUAGAGUGUUUCAUGUUACUAUUCAUCAGAUGUGUCCACUGAGGUAUCAGUAGGCAGCUAUGCAGGUUAGCACAUGGGCAACUUCACGUAUCUCCUAGUAAGUAACAAAUGGUUUUUCUAUAUGCAAAUUUCAGUAAUACUACUUCAUUUACUGGAUGAAGUAAAGCUGGAUGUUAGGUCUCAGCAUAGUCUAUGACUAAACUGAUACAAUCCCUAACUUGUCUAAUGUUAAAUGCUGAAUCAUCAUACAUGCAUGUGGAUCAUAAACCUUAUCCUGAGGCAAAUGCUUGUGGCUUAACCACUCCCAUGUCAUUUAUUAAUUCUCUAAAAUCAAGUCAAUUGUAAUAUCUUCUGUAACUGCCUUAUGCCUGUACUAUGCACGAAGCUGCACAUGGCCCUGUCCAGCAAGGGACUUCACACAACCCCUGCUAAACAGUUGCCACGUCUAGAAAGACACCUGUCAAUUGACAGCUUGCUCUCUCAGCAGUCUAUUUUUUUUCUUGCUUAGCAUCUAUUGCUUCCCUAUCUGUAGCCUAGGCUUGCUUAGCAUGAUUGCUGCCUAAGGCAUCCUUUGAGGAGUUCCUUCUGCUUCACUUGCUGCACUCCUAGUAUGGCAAUGGCUUUGUCUAGACAACAGUCUCCAAACUCAGUUGGCAGCCAGUGGAAUGUCGGGUAUGCAGAGGUCCAAGGGACCUAUGAAGAGGAAUGAACCUAAGGAAGGCUCCAUAAAGUGUAGGGCAAGCCCUAAAUACCCUCUGUGGUACACAAGAGCAGAACCAUUGCUAUAUACACUGAAGCAAAAAACGAACUGUAUUGUACCAAAAGGAUUGUCUUGUACUUCUCCCAGCCUAGUUAGAACAUGCAUAAAGGAAUGUCUCUUGCUGUCAAUGAAGUAUUAAUACCUGGAGUGCAUUGAUGUCAAUCUAAUACGAACAGCAGGGACACCAAGUUCACCACUGGUGUGUGUUUUAGUGUGAAUUACAUUUUUUUUAAAAUAAAAAGACCUGUAAUCUAAUGAGAUUGAAAUUAGUGUGUGCAUUCUGUUUCAAACGCAGAAAAUAAUUAAACAAUACAACGCACUGUA